CACUGCGCCGUCUCUAUGGUGACGGCGAGAGGCGGGGCGGCGAAGCCGGAAGCCGGGACCGGGCCCCCGGAGCGCAGGGUUGCCUAAAGGAAGAGAAAUGGAACUGAAAAAGUUAAGCAUCUCGUUGGUUGUGGUCCUGGUUCUGGUCUUGGUCCUGCAAAUUUUGUCUGCAGUGGAUUUUGACCCAUACAGAAUCCUUGGGGUUAGCAGGACAUCCAGCCAGGCUGACAUUAAAAAGGCUUAUAAGAAGCUCGCCCGGGAAUGGCACCCUGACAAAAACAAGGACCCAGGAGCAGAAGAUAAGUUUAUACAAAUUAGCAAGGCCUAUGAGAUCCUCUCCAAUGAGGAAAAGAGAUCAAACUUUGAUCGUUACGGAGACGUGGGUGAGAACCCGGGGUACCCUCAGCAGCAGCACCGCCAGUUCCAUCACUUCCACGAAAGCUUUUACUUUGACGAAUCCUUUUUCCACUUCCCGUUUAAUUCGGAGCGACGAGACUCCUCCGAUGAGAAGUACUUGCUGCAUUUUUCGCACUACGUGAACGAGAUUGUACCGGACAGUUUCAAAAAGCCCUACCUCAUUAAAAUAACCUCGGACUGGUGCUUCAGCUGUAUCCACAUUGAGCCUGUGUGGAAGGAGGUUGUUCAGGAGCUAGAAGUGCUGGGAGUGGGAAUUGGAGUCGUCCACGCUGGGUAUGAGAGACGCCUCGCACAUCACCUGGGAGCACACAGCACACCGUCCAUCCUGGGACUCAUUAAUGGGAAAAUAUCCUUCUUCCACAAUGCGGUCAUCCGAGAGAACCUGAGGCAGUUUGUGGAGAGCCUUCUUCCAGGGAACCUCAUAGAGAAGAUUACAGAUAAAAGUUAUGUCCAAUUCCUGUCGAACUGGAAGAAGGAAAAUAAACCCCAUGUUCUUCUGUUUGAUCAUAUGCCAGUAGUGCCAUUGCUAUACAAGCUCACUGCUUUUGCGUACAGAGAUUAUUUGUCCUUUGGAUAUGUGUAUGUUGGACUCAGAGGGACUGAAGAGUUGUCCAGACAAUAUAACAUCAAUGUCUACACCCCCACCAUGAUGAUCUUCAAGGAACAUAUUGAUAAGCCUGCCGAUGUUAUUCAGGCAAGAGAGAUGAAAAAGCAGCUCAUUGAUGACUUCCUUUCCCAGAACAAGUUCCUUCUGGCAGCCAGACUCACCAGCCAGAAAUUGUUUCGUGAACUGUGUCCUGUGAAGAAGUCUCACCGUCAGCGGAAGUACUGUGUGGUUUUACUUACUGGCGAGGGUGACAAGUUUGCUAAGACCUAUGAGGCAUUUGUGGCCUUUGCUCUGGCAAACACGAAAGACACCGUGAGGUUUGUGCAUAUCUACAACGACCGUCAGCGAGACUUUGCCCAUGCCUUGCUGAUGGAUGAUGAGAAAUAUUGGGGGAAAUCUGCCGUGGCCAUCUUGGAAAGGCGCAAUAAUGUAGGAAGAGUGGUUUAUAAAAUCUUGGAAGAUGCCUGGGAGGGCAGUGAAGAGGAUAACUUCAUCCUUUUGGAUCAUCUGGCUCAGUUAAGAACAGACCCUGGUCUUCUCUCUUCAGACACUGUCCUGCCAGACUUGAAUGAUGAACUUGCUCCUGUGUUCUUUCUCCGAUGGCUCUACUCCGCAAUAGAGUAUGUCUCGGACUGCUGGGAUAGUGUAUUUCAUAAUAACUGGCGGGAAAUGAUGCCGCUUCUUUCCCUGAUCUUCUCAGCCCUCUUCAUUCUCUUUGGCACUGUUAUUGUUCAGGCUUUCAGCGACUCGAGCGAUGAGAGAGACUCUCCUCUCCCCCAGAAAGAAGAUCCCUCUGAAAAGAAUGAAAAGAAUGACACAACCUUCAGCAAAGAGAACAGCAGGAUUCCCAAAAAGGGCUUUGUCGAAGUGACUGAGCUAACAGAUGUUACCUAUACUAGUAACCUGGUGCGCCUGAGGCCAGGUCACAUGAACGUGGUUCUGAUCCUUUCCAACCCCACCAAAACCAGCCUACUUCAGAAGUUUGCCCUGGAAGUCUACACAUUCACAGGGAGCAGCUGUCUUCAUUUCUCCUUCCUGAGCCUCGAUAAGCAUAGAGAAUGGCUGGAGUAUUUGUUAGAGUUUGCCCAGGAUGCUGCCACCAUUCCAUAUCAAUAUGAUAAACAUUUCCUGGAGCGCGACUACACCGGUUACGUCCUAGCUCUAAAUGGCCACAAGAAAUACUUCUGUCUCUUCAAGCCUCACAGAUCGGGGGAUGAAGGGGGAACCAUGGGGUCCUCUGAGGAUUAUGACCCCUUGCUACCUACAGGAGAAGCCCGAGGAAAACCCUCCUGCAGUCCAGGAUCCAAACAAAUUAGAAACAAAUUAAGCAAGUUGUCCUUAUGGAUGGAACGUCUCUUAGAAGGUUCCUUACAAAGGUUCUAUAUUCCAUCCUGGCCUGCAUUAGACUGAAGGGAUUUAAAAGAGAUUCAGACACUACAAACUUUUUAAGAUGACAACCAUGGACAGUUCUUUCCAGGAAUAAACAGUCAUGAGAAAUGGACAGUAGGUUUUAGAUGAACUCUCCUAGGCCCAGUGAGUAGAAGUAUCUUCCUUCAUCUUUGACCUAGGAAUAAAAGAUGAAACGUACUGAAGUCCUCUGUACCAAAUUGUUCUUGUAUUUGAAUGCUGUACUAUCUAAGACAAAACCCAGUCUAUUUUCCUUUAAUGUCCUGCUCACCGCAUCGCCUAUGUCCAGUGUCUUGUUUUUUCUCAGUUAAAGAAAACCUAUGAGUUCUUCGCAACGCUGACUCAGUUUGGACUGAACACAAUGAACUUGUUACGUAGGUCAGGUCCCCUUCUCAAUGUUUAGCCCAUAGUGCAUGAUGGUGAGAUACUGGGAAGACCCUACAGAAUCUCUCCAGCCUCUGCAACUCUGAAAGGCCUCAUACCAAGCAUUCUUAUUUAUCAGCUCUCCCUGUGGUAAGUGAUUUAGGAGUGUGGUUGGGGGUAUCUCCCUUGUAGCAAACCAAUAGCCGGUAUUUACAGAUGCUGGGGGCUAGUAGGCGAUCUGCAUGUUUCAUGCUCCUUGUGUAGUAGUUCCAUGAGCAGCUUCACCAGCUGAGCCAUAAGCAGGGAGGGAAGGGGACUAACACAGCCGUAAAUACUGUUAAGAUGUUGAGCCAUUUAAAUGUACAUUGUUUUUCAGAUGCCUUUUUGCUUCUGUCGAUUUUUAGACUGUCUCUCUUAGAGCCAUAACUUUACCCAUGUCCUCAGAUUGUAGGCAUAAGCUGCUACGAGCCAGUAGACAUGUAAAAGAAAAUUUCAAUACCUGCUAGUGAAUCAACUUGGACACCUUUCAGACAACAAUGGUACAUCUCUAGUACAAUAUCGACACUUCUUUGUAUCAAGGAACUUAAUUCUUUAAUGAUUGUAUUUUUGAACUAUGUUGCCCAAAAAGUGCUGUCAUCCGAUCGUCUGUUACGUGUGGAACUAGUUUUGUUGUAGACAAACGUUUACAAGAUGCUUCGUUUCAGCUUCUCUCACUUUGUUUUUAUCCUCAGCUCAAAGGUUUCUUAACAUACAGGUUGCCUUUUCUUUUUCUUUUAAACAUAUGGUUCGGUGUGAAACUGGAACGGUUCUAGGCUGUGGAGUUACUGUACUUAAUUAUAUCAAACGGGCUCUCCUACCAGCCCUUUGGCUUGCCCAGGGAGCUGGCAUUUUGUUAGUGACAAGGAGCUGCUACCUGAACGUCAAGGUAAAAGGGAAAGGUUUCCUUUCAAAGCAGGGAACUGUAAUCGUGCGACACUGCUACUUCCUUUUUUCUCUCUGUUAAUCCGCAUAGACUCAGUCACUUUAUCUGAUGUUUGCUGUAAACUUAAUAAACUUCUCCAAAGUGACCUGGAUAGGAAUCUGAGGCUUCCACAUGAGUAGGUCAUGCUAUGGUACAUGAUGGCCAAAUCCUGCAUGAGUUUUCUUCUCAUUCAGAUUAACUCCUGCGUAGCAUUCUGAACCUUAUUGUGAAGCACUCCUACAAGCAUGGGGGUUUACUUAAAAACCUCACUACCCUCCCACCUGCUCCAGCAGAGCAGCCCAGUACUAUGGAUCAAUAUUCCACCAAGUGAGCUACCCUCUGACCCAAAUGAGAUCUAGGACUAUUCAAACAACCUGAUUGGCUGAACAGUCCUCAGAGCUUUAUAACGGUGAGAUAGUGACCCACUGAAUUGGUGACUUGCUGCAUUCUGCUUGGCUUCGAGAAGAGACGUGCUUCAACUAACGAAAGACCAUUUGAACAAUACUCAUAAUGCUCUUAUAUAUAAGGGUACUGUCAGGUUAAAAUAUUAGACUCAACCGACCUUAUCUAUGUUACUUAAACCAAUGGAGUUUAAUCUGUAAAGUCCUACCUGCAGCCUGAACUGUUUUGAUUGCUGAGCACAGGCUAUGAGAAGGAAGGAGAGGAUUUUUCUUCUGAGGAGAUAUGUAGAAAUAAAAUGCUAAAAAACCCAGGCACUAGACUGACUCUGAACUAACCUUAAGCAGCAGACUGACUUUUCUCGCUUUAUGCUGUUUCUGUUGAAGCCGGUGCUUUCGUUGGCUUGGGUAAUGAAAUAGCCUGGGUUUUUUGUGUUUGUAGCCAGUUCUGCCUUUGAGGUCUUGCAUGGUAACAGUGCUGUAAACCCCAGAGUUGGACACACUGCAGAAGAAUCCAGAGUUCAAAAGAAAAUUUUUGACACUCUAAACGCAGCUGAACAAUGUCUCGAGGAGCGGGUUGGGCCCGGAAGGAGGAUUUACAAAAGCUGUCGGUUACUGACUCUUCUGCUAGUCAGAAACUUUGGUAUCAAACGUUAGGGCUUUAAACUAAGGGCCCACGUGUGCUGUGUAGAAGAAAUUCCCCUGUCCAAGGACCCAGGAAAAGGCCAUAGGCAUUACUUAAACACUAUAUUGAGGCUCAAGUGGUGUGUAGGCCUUGUGUUUGUGUAUAAACACCUAUUGAUGUGGGUCUCGUGGAGAGAGCACUCACAGUAAUACACCCUCGGGAAAUAGCUAACUGGGGGGUACUACAGAUUCCAUUCAGUUACUGAUAAAAGUGAACAGAGAACAAAGUUGCAGGAUCAAACCAGCUCAUUUGUAAAACUACCUGAUUCUUUAUUUUUUUGGUAUUGGUAGGGAGUAGCUACGCUUUCUUGGGCUCAGGCACACCCCAACUAUUCUGAAUGUGUCUGUUCAGCAAGGGUAGCAUUGCUCUGAUAUCCAGCUAGUUAUGUUAUUCAUUUGGUGCAGAAGACCAGUCACAGGACCUCUCUGCUGCUUGGAAUUGAAUGUCUCUGCUUUCCCUCCACCCUUUUCCAGAUGCUGCAAGACCAUUAACCUGGGCUAAUUUUUUGUCCACUACCCUCACUAUUGCCCUUUGGUUUGCUUCAUAGCGAAGGAAAUGCACUGGGCCGUUCUCAGUUUAUGCACGAUACUUUCUUGAGCUAAGAGCAAGGAAGUUUUCAGUGCUAAUGCACUGCUCUGCGACAAACCUAAAUACAAGCUUUUUUUUUUUUUUUUUAAAGUAAAACUCCUAGGAGCUGAAGCGAAACAUCUGUACAACACAGGGAAAGGUAGCCUAGAGUCCAAAUACUGUACCUGACCUCUCCCCUUGACUGAGUGUGCUACACAGCAGCUUCGCAGUGAUGGCUGACAUAUAUAUGGUCAGUAAAAGCUUGCCAGGAACUAAUACAAUAAUGCAACCUGUGAGAUUGGAUUGAAAAGCAGGUAAAUAUUUUGCACUUUUGAUACUCUUAGAAGGGGGGAAAUAAUUUAUUUGGCAAAUGUCUUUUUUUAAUUUUUGUUUUUGUAUUUGUGACCAGGCACUGAUAAUGUCAUUUUGUUUUAAGAUUAUUACAGAUUCGCAACUGAAAUAAACUAUUUUAAUGUGA